GACCAGUCGAGUGACGUCAUCUCGUAGGAGUUAUGGUGAUGUCAUGUAACUUGUAAGACGUCGUAAUUUGGAUGAGAGUAGCAUUCACGUGGAGGAGCUUCAACGAUAGCUCCAUGAGUAGUGAGAGCAGCCGCCGGCUCGCCUUGAUCACCACUUAACCUAUCUUCUAGUUCCUUUUCCCCACCACGCGAGUGAGAUUUACGCUCUAAACUUCAAAAGUAGAUAUUUCGAAUCAUCCCACCUAUCGGAAGACACGUGAGAUACACGCGCCGUCAUUCAAUACGUUUGUUUCCUUUUAUCCGCAACCUCUCCUUCCCAUUAAUUUCCUCUCACCUUCCAAACAUAUGAAAAAGUAAAAACGUUAUAUAUAUAAUCGUUGAAGCUAGAGAUUUGAUUAAGAAAAUAAAUCAAAAACAUCUGAAUUCUCUUACAGGAACCGAACAUGGAGACAUCAUCAUCGACGUUUCUCACCACCACAAGCUUAGACAAGAGAAAACCAUCUCCGGUUUCAAGAAAAUCACCAAAGCAAAAGAAGAAGACGACUUCAACUAACAAACCCAUCAAAGUGCGUUACAUAUCAAACCCCAUGAGAGUUCAAACUUGUGCUUCUAAGUUCAGAGAGCUCGUUCAAGAACUCACAGGCCAAGACGCCGUCGAUCUUCAACCGGAGCCUAUCUAUUCCCCUUCCUCCGACGACCACAACCUUUCUCCACCGCCGUUCACGGCGGAGAAUCUUGAGCCACGUGUUCUUCAUCAGGAGCCGUUCGAUGAGAGAGUCGGUGACUGUUACGUGCCGCCGUUGAAUGGGGAAGAGAUGUUUUUACCUGAUCAGAUGUCGGCAGGUUUUUCUGGGUUUUUCUCUAAUGCGUUUUACAAUGUGAAUGACUUUGGAAGCAUCGAUUCUAUAUGAUAAUCUUACAAAGUUUUUAUUAGGGGUUUCAUUAACUAGGUACAUAUAAUUAUGAGAUCGAUACAUGUAUUUAACCCCCAAAUUGAUACAUGGAUAUGUUAAUUACUAUAGGGUUUGUGAUGCGAAUUAGUAUAUGAGUAAGUUAUUUUGUAAACAGUUUUUUCUCUUAAAUUUUAUUGUUUGUUUUGUCUCACAUCAAAGCUUCUGUAAUGUAUGAAACAUAUUUUUUAUUUAAUCAAGAAACAUGUGAUAAUCUUAA